UUCCCACUACUGGUAUGGUACUGAGUUAAUUUGGGAAAAUAAAUAAAGGCUUAGCCUAUUUAAAGACAUCCACCUGUUUAGAAACAUCAACUGCCCACCAAGAAAGCAUAGUUCAGCAAAAGCUCUACUGCAAAUACUGAGGCAAGUCUCUGACAGGCUCGUGGCCAUCUAAGUCAAUAUAUGCCAAUGGAGCAGUCAGGGUCUGAAGAGAGUCAGAACUUUUCAAUCCAUGAACGCUUCAAACCUGACAUUCCUUCUAUCAGAGAGCUGGAAUGUAUUUUGGACAGCUGCAGGAUGGAAUUAAACCAUGUGGAUGAAGUAUGGUCUAAUCUCUAUAUAGGUGACAUGUUGAUAGCACAUGACAAGAAGGAGCUGCGGAAACUUGGCAUCACUCAUGUCCUGAAUGCUGCACAUUCAGCAUGGGGAAGCAAAGGGGACCAAGGUUUCUAUGGCCCAGAAAUCCAUUAUCAUGGCAUAGCUGCAGAAGAUUCAACUGAUUUUAACCUUCGCAUGCAUUUCUACCCUGCCUCCAAAUACAUUAACAAAGCACUGAGUGUUUUGAAUGGAAAAAUCUUGGUUCACUGUGUGCUUGGUAAAAGCAGAUCUGCCUCUCUAGUGCUAGCUUAUCUUAUGAUCUACCAUCACUUCUCACUAGCUGAUGCUGUAGAAAAAAUUAUCCUGCACCGAGCCAUUUUCCCAAACCGAGGGUUCCUGAAACAGCUGCAGGACCUAGACAUUGAACUGCGCUACAAAAUAAAAUUGUGUGAGCUUUUAUAACCUGAGGGAAAAGGAAAGAUCAGUAUUGGCUAAAUACAAAGGAAGCAUCCCAAACACAAUCAUAAAGCAUAAUGAAGUAAAAUGAUGAUGAAAUUAACAGGGAGCAAAACUCAUGUGCCAAACUCUAUCCCAGCCCUAAAAGUUGGGAAGAUUUUAGAUCUGGCUCUGAAUUUCACAUCUUGCUCCUCUCUGUUGAGUUAAUUUUGGUUUGACCAACUCUGGGUAGAACUUUUUUAACUAACUUGGGCCUGCCUCCUUAUUGACCCUUGAUUUUCAUGCUCUACCAGUCUGGGACUGUUGUAGGAUUCUAGUUUCAGAGUAACCCCUCCUGAAGAAAACCCUGAAUUCCUAUGUCUUUUUUAGGUAUAGGAUGCUUUAGUUAUAUUAGGGAGUGGGGAUUUUCAGGGAGCUUGAAGCUUCCCACUUUCCUGGAAAGUUCUGUGAAUAAAUGGGGUUUCUUCCCAUCUCGCUGAACCCCAUGGUUUCCCUCACCCUGUCGUCAAAGGGGUCAUAGGAAAGCAGGGCUGGAAGAGACUACACAAGGUCAUCUAGUCCAGUCACCUACUCAAGGCAGGAUUAUCCCUGACUAAACCAUCCCAUUCCUCUGCUACGUUUCAAGGCCAUUGCUGCUACCCCUGUUCUAGUUCUAGUCAUAAAUACAGGAUUAUUGCUGAAUUUCAUCCAGUCAAUUUUAGACCUUUUUCUCUGGUUUAGCCCAGUCAUUCUAGCUCUUACCCUUCCCCCCAUCUCCACCCCAUGUCUGCAACUCCACUCAACUUGGUGUCAUCUUCAAAUUCACCAAGUGUACACUGAAUCCCAUCCUCCAAAUUAUUAAUACAGGUGUUAAACAGAUACCAGACACAGGAGACUCUGGGAAAUACCACUUGAUAUGUACUCCCAACUAGACAUUGAGCAAUUGGUAACUACUUGUUGAGCAUAACAAUCUUCCCAGCUACGUAUCCACUAUACAUUUCUUUAAUUUAAUCUGUACUUCCUCACCUUACUAAAGAGAAUGUAGUGGGAGACAGUGUCAAAAGCCUUUUUAAAAUCAAGGUACAUCACAUCUACUGCUCUCCACCCAUCUACAGAGACUGUUAGGAACAUAAGGAAAUUAAGUUGGUCAGACUUAAUCUUGGUACGGUACAUCCAUGCUGGCUGUUCCUGAUCAACUUGUUAUUUUUUAGGUGUUUAGAAAUAGAAUCUGUGAAGACCUGCUCUAUGAUCUUUCUCAGUAUCAAGGUCUGACUGACUGGUUUGUAAUUCCACAGGUCCUCCUUCCCCCUUUUAAAGAAAAGCACUCAAAUUGCCCUAUUCCAGUCAUCUGGGAAGUCACCCAACCUCCAUGGGCUCUCAAAAUCAGUAGCCAAUGGCUAUAGAAUUACCUCAAUUCCUUCCAUACUGUAAGGUGUAUCCCACCGUUCCCUGCCAACUUGAAAACAUCUAGCUUCUCCAAGUAAUCCCUAACCCAUUCCACUACUAUUCUAGGUUGUUUGUGAGAUGUCAAAGCUCAGCUAGCCAAAAAUACAGCUAUUACAGUAAAGUGCUUUAACCUACUGAACAAGACCACAUAUCUUAACCACUGGAGGCUGAGUACUGAGAGCUAGUUAAAAAUUAAAAUUAUACCAAAAACAAAACUGCAGAGAUUUUUCAAGAACACCAGACAGGAUUGCUUUUUUUCCACUGGUAUCAGCUGCAUACAUCUGGAUACUUUCUGAAGAAGGGUGUUGCAAGUCUUUCCUAGGAGUUUUGUGGCAUUAUUGGAAAUAUGCCUUUUCCACUGUUUGUUUCCAUGUCUCUAACCCUGUAUAUUCACUAAGGAAGCUACUUUGAAAUAAACGGGCAAAUGAGAGCUAGUAAUUUUUGCUAAUAAGCAGUUUACUUCACACACUCAAAGGGAAAUUAUGGCCAGGCUAUAACAUCUGGUGCAAACAACCUAAACAGCCUUUAAAAUAAAAUUCCAA